AUGUGUUUAGCAUGCAUCAAGAGCUCAGGAUCUAGGAGUCUGAGACGCGAUGCCAGGAAGAAUCCAAGCUGCAAUGCUCACAAGACACAAAGGCCUGAAUCAAGAAGUUGUGAUUUCCAAGGAAUUCCGCACAAGAAUGUAGAGCGUGAUGCCGAAAACGCGGAAGUGGGGAAAGUUGGGCUCACUGAGUCGAGCCCCUUGGUAGAGAAGCCGAAAGAGUUGUCACUCUUGAGAAGUCCUGUGCAAUGGUACCGCACACUGUCGCAGAGCUACUCUUGGAAGCUGCUGGCCAUGGUAGCGUGCACGAGCCACCUGCUGAAGGGCUUCGUAGCAGGCGGUGGUGAUGAAGGCCUGAUCGGGAAACCUGCAGAGUUCCUGUUCAGCGAGCUGGGCAUGUCUGCCGGAAGGCUGCAGGCCUUGAAGGCGGUUGCAAUCGUGCCAUUCGCGCUGAAGCCGGUCAUAGCUUUGCUCAGCGAUGCUUUCCCGAUAUGUGGGUACCACAAGCUUCCGUAUGUGGUCGAGUGCUCGGACGUGAUUUUCACGAUCAUAUCAUUCGCUUCGCUGGCAUCUCUGGGCUUCGGCUUUGCAGUGACGGAAGUCGCGGUGGUCUCUGCUUUGUUCCUGGCCUUCCUCCAGGUUGCCGGUGUAGAUGUGCUCAUGGCGGCCAAGCAAUCUGAAGAGGUGAAGAAGCAGGCAAGCUUGGGUCCUGACUUCUACACCUACACCUGGCUAGGUAUCAAUGCAGGACAGGUCCUCAGCGUUUGCUUCCUUGGGCCUGUAAUUGCUGUGAUGGGUGCGCGAGUUCUUGUGGUGUUGUGGCCGGCACUGGGAAACUUCAUGGGCGAGAAAAGGGAACUCAGCGGGGCCGGGGGCGGGCUUCCUUGGGUCUUCCGGCAGCAUGGUGUGCUUUGCGCCCUUACGUUGAUGAUCGGCAUGCUGGCUUUCGGCCUGGUUGUCUGCACUUUCCUGCUGGAUGAGCACCGUUUGGCUCCCAUCGCCGCUUGCAUGGCGGCCGUGGUGCUCGGCUCCUUCGCGUUGUUCAUCAGGCGGGAGAUAGCAGGACCAGUGACUUUCUUCUUCCUGCUGGGCCUGCUCAGUAUCAACAUCGAUGGAGCACUGUUCUACUUCUGUACUGACAGUCCCAUGGAGUUUGCUGAGGGACCGCACUUCACCCCACAUUUCUACAUCACAGGCAUUGGUGCGGCAUCAUUCUUGGGAAUCACUGUGGGCUUCGCCACCGGACCAGAGAUUUUUCGAUCGUGGAGCUACAGGAGCAUUUGCAUGGUUACCCUCGUCUUGCGAGCCUGGAGCUUGGUCGCACACUGA